AUGGCGGCUGAGAGAAACAACACACGGAAGAGAAAGAAGGAUGAAAUCAAGAAAGACGAAAAACCUAACAUGACCUUCUCGAAACAGAAACUCGGAAUUUUCAACAAAGCAAUAGAGCUAUCUAUUCUAUGCGAAUCAGAAACUGCACUCAUCGUAAUAUCACCAGACGAAAACAAGCUCUAUGAAUGUGGCUACCCUAACUAUGACGCUGUCAUUCAACGUUUUCUGACCGGACAUACGGACGAGAAUGAGAAAAAGAAUCAACAAGAUGAUGACAUUGUUGAAACCCUAAGGCUUCGAUACGAAGCGAUGCAAGGAAAACUUAACGAAGAACAGGAGAAAUUGGAGAAAUUGAAAGCUACUGAGGCACAAAAGAGUAAUUCUGAUUUCCCAUAUGAUUGGUGGAAUAAAUCUAUUGAUGAUAUGGAUUUAACAUCUCUUGAAGAUAUUACCACUUCUUUGGAUAAAUUGAAGAUUAAUUUAUCAGUAGCAAGCCAAGCCAAGAAGUUCAAUUUACAUCCAAUUCAAGAGAAUGUGUGUUAA